AUGGCCGCUCGACCACAACACUCGGCCUCAUCACUGGCCAGAUAUGCAACCGCUCGUGCCCCGGAUGUCGACGUUUUCAAUGGUAGCCAAUCGAGGGACUACUGCAACUCGUUCUGGGGGCCAGGAGAUGACGGUCCCAACAUCCUUUUCACGAGGAUGCGGGGUGCUUGCAAAACCACGGACGAACUGGUGAACUUUUGGAACGAGAGGUCCCUCAUCGAGGAAGAAUACGCUCUGAAGCUGGCGAAGCUAGCCAAGGUGCCCAUUGGCCAAGAGGAGAUCGGUGAAUUGCGCACCAGCUUGGAUACCCUGAGGUUGGAGACGGAGAAGCAGGCGGAAACUCAUCUGGAGCUUGCUCGCCAGAUUCGCGACGAGCUAGAGACCCCGACGGCGCAGUUCCACGCCAAACAAGUUAGCCAUCGGCGGAACCAACAGAGCAAUGUGGAAAAGAAAUUCAAGGUUAAGCAAACACAGGAAGCGUAUGUCCUGAAGGCGAAGGAAAAAUACGAUGCAGACUGUGUCAGGAUCAACUCGUAUACUCAACAGGCAAGCUACAUGACGGGGAAGGACUUGGAUAGGAUCAACAUGAAGUUACAACGGGCACGGCAAACGGUACAGGCAAACGAGAAGGAUCUUGCUGCAUUUACCAAGACUCUGUUGGAUCUCCUGCCGGAAUGGGAGGCUGAAUGGAAAAACUUCUGCGACUCUUGCCAGGAUCUGGAGGAGGAGCGACUAGAUUUCAUGAAGGACGUUCUCUGGGCAUACGCAAACGAUAUCUCCACCGUCUGUGUCGCUGACGACGCGUCGUGCGAGCGCAUACGCACCGCGUUGGACCAAUUGGAUCCGCUAACCGAUGUCGAGAAUUUCGUGAAUGAGUAUGGUACAGGUAACACUAUCCAACAGCCCACAGAGUUCACUCCCCACUCUGGCGGCUCCCAGAACCCGCCGUCACUUGCACCGACUCCCAAGGUCCGCCCUGCAAACUUCGUUCGCAUCUCGACACGGCCGCCGGUCACCUAUCAGGUAGACGAUGGAGCUCAACUUCCACCCGAUGCUGUUCCACCAGGCGCGAUUCCCAAUGGUGUCAACGCUACCGCAGCCCCACCGCCGACAACGGCUCCACCAGCGCGCUCGGCUACUCCCCCUCAGCGCGCACCGGCAACUACCAAUGCGCACGCACCCACGACGAAUGGGCAUCAUUCAGGUCCAUCUCAUACAUCCCCACCUCUUACUAGUCCUCCGUCUGUGCCUCCUCCUGCUGUUCCGUCUGCUUCAUCUAACGCGGCGCCUAAAAAUAACCGGGUGUCGCAACCUCUUCCUGUUUUGCCUUCUGGUGCUGCUUUCCGAUCCCAAAGUCCUCCACCGCCUUUGCCUACGCGUGAACCAACCAACGACAAUUCUAACCGAAUUCUAUUCUAUGUGAAAGCGCUCUACGAUUAUACCGCGACGAUCGAUGAAGAGUUCGACUUCCAAGCCGGAGAUGUCAUUGCAGUCACGGCUACGCCAGACGACGGCUGGUGGAGUGGCGAGCUCUUGGAUGAGAACAGAAGAGUUGAAGGACGACACGUUUUCCCGAGCAACUUUGUGUGCUUGUUCUGA